UAGUUUAACCGUGAUUUGGCGAAAGGCGCCCGGUUCAACCGCCAUUAGACUAUAGGAUUACACAAGAUUCCAAAGUUAGUAGUACUGAAAUCCAGAUUACAGGCGUCGAGUGCGAUUUAUCGAGGAGCUUCUAUCACAUAUCGUUAUGUUAGACUGUAUGACCCAAAUACUAGAGGCGUGUAAGGCUGACAGUGAUGUCAAUAAGUUAAACAGAAAUUGAAACUAUGAGGCUUCCUUUCAGAUCCAAACAUGGCUUCGUACUAUGAAGAAGCAGGAGAGGAGAGCUUCUCCGACUUCAGUGAUACAGACACAGACGCCCCCUCAGACUCCCAGUCCAGCUCAGACUCUGACCCGGCUCCAUCAGGAACCCAGCAGCAAGUCUGCCAGUACUACAAUGAUGGCCACUGCCGCUAUGGGAGAAAGUGUCGUGACCUGCACGUGUGCAAGUAUUCCCUAAAAGGCACCUGUCGCUAUGGCGCUGCCUGUCGCCUCAAACAUAUCCGAGGCUCUGAUUUGUCCGCUGGGAACAAUGAGCGAGGGAGGAAGAGCCAUGGCAAGAAGAGGCGGGGUCACAGGAAACGGAGCAGCAGCUCCUCAUCUGAUGAUAGUGGAGGGUGGAGUGGCAAGCCCUACAGAUGGCAGUUGGAUCUGGGCAAUGGCUGGGAGGAUGUAGCUCAUGACCAUAUCCUGGAGGCUCAGUACUCUCGCCCCAACACCAAAGGCAUCAGGAUCUACAAUACACCCUGUGGAGCUCUGUCUAUUGACUUCACUAAAAUGCGCAUUCUGAAGAAGACUAACCUGCGAGUCCGACGCAAAGGUUCCCGACAGACUGAGUGGCUGUGGCAUUACCGUGGCAACCAAGGCUGGCAUCAGUAUGGGGAGAAGGAUUCACAAGGGAAAGCCAGUCCAGUCAGUAGCUCCACGCUAGAGAAAGAGUUCCAGAAGAACCGGCAAGGAGUCGUCCAGUUCAGCAUCGACUCCACCAACUAUGAGAUUAGAUUUAAAGACAUGUGCCAGAAAAACUUGUCCACCGGCCACAGAAGGCGGAUCAGGAGGCGUCCGAAAUAUGAAUCUCCGUCUGGCAGAGGAAUCAAAACACUGACAAAGGCUUUUACGAACUUGACAUCAUCUCUCCAAAGAAGGCACCACUGUGGCAGUAUGGUGGUCAGAGUGGGCGCUGGCACAGUUUCACACAUCGAGGUGCCUGCAGUAUCCAGUGCAGACAUCGAGGCAGCAUACCAGUGUAAUCCGCAGGGUUCAAUCAACUUCACUGUAAAUGGAGAUCCGUACACUAUUGACUUCUCAAAGAUGACCCAGACCAACCUGAAAACAAAUACCACCCGCAAAGUCCAGCGUGUGUAGCAGUGAUGACUCACUUCAGCUUGUGCCAAAGAUGUUCACAUAUUCAUGAAGAGGAGUCUUCUUCUUUAUGAAACAUAUCGUGGUGGGCAAUGUAUUGCACUUACAUAGUGAUAUAGAUUUUAAGAUUUAGCAGUAUGGAUAGAUAAAAAGCAUUAUAUUCAUGUUAAUGUUGUUUUAUAAACAGUGAUAGCUGUAUUGCCACAAGAUACUACUAUAUAUUGUUCGACUUGGGUGGAUUUUAAGACCAGAACAAAAGAGUGCAGUGAAUACAAGCUGUGUGAUGUCUGAAAGACAUAGUAGCACUCAGGAAGAUACAGAGAUUCAGUGAUAUAUUUGGACUGUUGGGGUGUGUGCGUUGAUUUACUUUCCACCUGAUUACAUGCUGCCUUUUUUUUUUUUUAAACUGCCAUUUAUAAAUAACCUCAGGCCUGUCUGUACUGUAAAGGCACAUGUGCACACACACACACACACACACCCAAAGGCAAACCAGUGAAUCUAUAUGAUUGCUUAAUGAUUUUUGAUAAAUAGUUGUUUUUUAGGAAAUGCGCUGCUUGGACGAAAAUUGAUAACUAAAAGGGCUGCACAAUAUAUUGCUUGUUUAUUGUUAUCUCAAUACUGGUCUUUGCAAUCCUGAUAUCGCAGAAGGCAGUAACAUGCAAAUGAUCACAAUGUUUUCACUGUGUGCUGUGAGCAUCCUGGCCAAUCACAGUUCCAGAUUUCUAGUUUUUGGUGAAUCAAGAUAUUCAUAUAGUCCAACAGAAGUGCUCUAGAUAAAAUAAUGGAGGCCAGUCUGUAACAUUGUCAGGCAAAUUAAUUACCUUAUUCCUGAGCCUUACAUCAUGGCCACAUCUUUAUUAUCAUCACUUAAUUAUCUCGUUCCUACUAAGGAAUCUAUUCCCUCUAAGGAAUUUACUGCCUUACUAAGUUGUGGCUACAACUUAAUUAUCUAGGUUUUUGCACUUGACUAAAUCAUGUGUAUGACUUAAAUUAUGCUGUUCCUGCACCUUACUAAGUCGUGGCUAUGACUGAUUUAUCUCAAUCCUACACAACACUGACUUGUGGCUAUGACUUGAUUAUCUCAUGUCUACGCCUUACUAAGUCGUGGUCACAACUUAAUUAAUUAUCUCAUUCCGGUGCCUUACUAAGUCAUGGCCACAGCUUAAUUAUCUCAUUGCUACACCUUACUGAGUUGUGGCUACAACUUAAUUAUCUAGGUUUUUGCACUUGACUAAAUCAUGUGUAUGACUUAAUUAUGCUGUUCCUGCACCUUACUAAGUCGUGGCUAUGACUGAUUUAUCUCAAUCCUACACAACACUGACUUGUGGCUAUGACUUGAUUAUCUCAUGUCUACGCCUUACUAAGUCGUGGUCACAACUUAAUUAAUUAUCUCAUUCCAAUGCCUUACUAAAUUGUGGCCACAGCUUAAUUAUUUUAGCCGUACUAAGUCAUGGCUGUGACUUAAUUGUUUCGUUUGUACGUCUUACUAAGUUGUGGCUAUGACUAAAUUAUCUCGUUUCUAUGCCUCACUGCGGUGUGGCUAUGACAAAAUUAUUUCGUCCAUAUGCCUUACUAAGUUGUGGCCACAACCUAAUUAUCUCGUUUCUGUGCCUUACAAAGUCGUGGCUGUGACUUAAUUAUCUCAUACCGGUGCCUUACUAAGUCUUAGUUAAGACUUAAUUAUCUCGUUCCUGUGCCUUACUAAGUCAUGGCCAGGAGUAAGACACAUAUGCCUGCAUUCUGUUUGUUUUUAUUCAGCAUCAUUUUAAUUAAGAAGGAAUGUCAACGGCAAGGCUCCAUUUUGUUACAUUACUAAUUCACCAAUUUGUUUUAGAUCAAUUGCAAGUCGUAUCACAAUAUAUUCAUAUCCAUAUUGUGCAGCCCUAAUAUGUAAUAGUGCUUUAUAAUGUAAUAAUGUGAUAACUGACUUUUGCUAAGUUACACUGCUAAACAGAAACAAAUGAAUUGUAGUCAGUUGAUAUGCUUGACAUACCGAAGUUUACAGCAUUUAUUUAGUACUCAGCUAAACCGGGUGUAAAGACAUGCUGAUCUUUGUCCAGUAUGAUAAGUGAGUUAUAACAUGCAACAGUAAGAUGGGAGAAGUGUUUUUUCAAAUGCUUGAAUAAAGUUAAGAAUACUCUGAUGGGAGAUUAGUGCAAUAAAAUGAAAGAAUUGUACUUUGUUGCACUGAUUUAAAUGGACAGAAAUAAAUGUCUAUCAAAUA